AACACAGACAAGCUGAACUGGGGACGUCACUCUAUCAUGUGACCCUGGUCAUCCCGGAAGUGGGGCACACUACAGAAGUUUGCAGUCAGAGUCCUGGGGACAGAUCUCUGCAGCUAUGGCUAUCAGGCUGUGCUCCCAACACGUUCUCAGAAGCAUCAGGCGUGGAUCCCAGUGCAGGCUCUUAUCCCUGACAGCCUGUGCCAGCCAUCCUUCCACCCCUGAUGCUGGAAGUGCACUGUACACCCCGGAGCACAAUGCAAUCAGGGAGUCCCUGAGAAAGAUCAUAGACACUGAAAUUAACCCACACGUGGACCAAUGGGAAAAGGAAGAACAAUUCCCCGCUCAUCACGUGUUCAAAAUCCUUGGACGUGCUGGGAUGCUGGGAGUGAACAAACCGACCGAAUACGGGGGAAUGGGCUUGGAUUUCUCGUAUAGCAUGGCUAUUGCAGAAGAACUUGGCAACAUUAACUGCGGUGGCAUACCGAUGGCUAUAGGCGUUCAGUCUGACAUGGCUACACCGGCCCUUACACGGUUUGGCAGCGAUGAAUUGAAGCGCCAGUUCCUUGUACCAACGAUAGCUGGAGAUGUAGUCGCAUGUCUGGGAAUCAGUGAGGCCGGAGGUGGAUCUGAUGUGGCAAGUAUUAAGACUAAUGCUGUGAAAAAAGGGGACGAUUAUGUUAUUAAUGGCAGCAAGAUGUGGAUCACAAGUGGCUGCCAGGCUGACUGGAUGUGCCUUCUCACCAAUACAAACACAGGACCCCCUCACAAAAAUAAGUCGCUCUUCUGUGUCCCCAUGAAGUCACCCGGUGUCCAGGUUGCAAAGAAAAUCGACAAAAUGGGUAUGAAGUCGUCUGAUACCGCUCAGAUAUUUUUUGAGGAUGUCCGAGUUCCCAGUAAAUAUUUGAUUGGCGAGGAGGGAAUGGGGUUCAUCUAUCAGAUGUUGCAGUUUCAGGAGGAGCGAAUGUGGGGCGUAGCCAAUGUCUUGACGCCCAUGGAAAACCUCAUUCAAGACACAAUUAACUACACAAACCAGAGGAAAAUCUUCAAUCAGCCCCUGUUGAACAACCAGAUCGUCCACUUCCGCCUGGCAGAACUGAGCACUGAGGUUGAGCUCCUGCGAUCUCUGCUGCAUCGUACGGUCGGAUUAUAUAUUGAAGGGAAUGAUGUCACUAAAUUUGCCUCCAUGGCCAAGUUAAAGGCCGGUCGUCUAGCAAGAGAGUUAAGUGACAGUUGUCUCCAGUUCUGGGGAGGAAUGGGCUUCACUAAUGAGGUUCUCAUCAGCAGGUUUUAUAGGGACUCCAGGCUUCUCUCCAUCGGCGCUGGUGCAGAUGAAGUCAUGCUUUCCAUCAUAUGCAAAUACAUGGGAACGCUGCCAAGUAAAAAAUAAUCUACCUGCAUUGUUCUAGUGGAAGAGAUCACCAUUCCACAAUCCCAAGGACACAGCGAGAAUCCAGUACUAAUGGGAUUGUGCCAUGUGAAAGAAGGAAAUCCAUACAAGAGACAUAAGUAAUGUGUGGUACUGUGUGUCGCCUGCUCACUAUUGUAAUAAUGUUUUGAUAAUGUGUGAAUAAAUACCUCAGAGAUUUCA